AUUAGCACUAGUGAGCGCACGGCAGUCAACUGCGCCGAACGACAUCAGCUUCCACACUCUGUGUGUAUUGUGUUCACGUGACUGCAUUGAGCAAGCCUUCAAAGAUAUGGAAGAAAUUAAGAAUUUAAAUGAAACGAUUUACAAUGAUUUGGAAGAAGAAGAAUAUUUUAAUGAAACUUACGAUAACGAUACAUCCUCCAAUCUUACUGAUAUGGAUACAUCAAACACAUACAAUAUUACUGAUACAGAAUUUAUUUUGAUUGCUGUAUAUAAUUUUAACACGUAUAUCCUCUACGGGUUGAUCGCCAUAGGAUUUCUCGGGAACUUCUCCCUCCUUGUCGCCUUCUGCUGCCACAGAAAUCUUCGCACCGGCGUGAACAUCUACAUCUUGAAUAUGGCCAUCUCCGACAUGGUAUUCGUCAUCUGCCUGACGCCCAUAACCGUGCCGGAGGACAACAUUAAGAUACAGCCACGGGUCUUCCCUGAGAACAGCUUCUGCAACUUCGUCGGCAACGUCGCCCAGGCGGCGUCCGUGUACUCCGUCGCGGCGCUGAGCGUCGAGAGAUUCCUGUCCGUGAGGUCGUGCGCCAGGGACACUCUCGUGCUGCCGAGGGAGCGAAGGAAGUGGUGCGCGGCGGUCGUCGCUGCCAUCUGGGUCUUCGUCGCCGCUGCCAAGGUCUUGUUCCUGGUCUUCUCGGGAGAUGGAAACUUGGGGCUGGCAUACAUCUGCAUAGAGUUCACCCUAGGCUACGCCCUCCCACUCUUCAUCAUCGCCUUCUUCUGCGCUCUGACGGCGAGGACCUUGAAACACAUCUCCGUCUCCGUUCCCGGGGAGAGUCGAGUGAAGCAGCUGGCUCAGCUGCGCGGAGCAAUCCGAGUCGUGGUCAUGCUCGUGGCGAACUACGUCCUGUGCUUCACGCUCGAGUACGUGCUCAUGCUGUAUUUCAUCUUCAUCGACCACAUUAAUAUGGAUUUAUUAAUGUAUAUUACCGUUUACUCAACGUCUGUUUGCUUUAGGUUCCUGCACUCCUGUAUUAACCCUCUCGUCCUCUAUUGUACCUGUUCCAAAUGGCGUGUGUCGAUAAACAAAUGCUUCAUUCAUAAAAAUAACCAAUAAAAAGAAUUAUUGAUAGUAAGUUUUAUUAUUAAUAUAAAUUUAAUUUGCAAAUUCUAGUUUUAAUUAGUCACCAUUU